CCCACAACCACGACCCAAGCUGGACUUGGAAACCUUCUUAAUUUCGCGACCAAUGAAUAAAUCAUGGGGCAAGGUCAAUCCAGUGACAAUGGGAACCAUCCCACGACCGAACAGCUGAGCCAUGAGCUGGCCCUCAAGUUCGCAAAACGAUGUUUUACUCCCCUCGAACUCUACUCCUUCCAAGAUGUCUUCAAAAGCCUGGCAGAUCACCAGGACUUGAUAUCCUACCUCAAGGAAGAUACUAUUGCGCGAUUCCUUGAGAUACCUGAUAUACUGGGUGCAUCCUCUAUUAUCUUCCAGAUGGUCUCUUACUUGGGUGCUUUCCCCUUUGGUCAAGAUGCGCCAGUUGUUUUGGGGUUCGAGCAGAUGAUAAUGGUUGUUGUCAUCAUGACACAGAGAUAUCAGAGGGUGCUGAAGAAAGGCAAUCGAGAUCGCACGAAGCUAUUAUUCCGAAGUCUCGCUGUCUAUGAUCGAGGUACCCACCAUGAGGACGAGAAGCCUGAAGAACAUGGAGGGAAUACACAAGAGGACGACGAUGACCUAGCUUUGGCAGCACUAGAAUCAUUGGAUGCUAUCGAGGUCUUCAGACAGGGCGAUGCACCAAUAUCACAAGCUUCCAUACCUACAGACAACCUCAAGAAGCUCAUAAUGCUUCUUCUUUUAAUAGCUCCUCUUGGAAUUCAAGAAAGUCUUGCUCGACACUCCGAAAGACUCGCGGGCGAGCAACUGGAAGGACUUCGAAAAACAGCGGAUAAUAUCCUGGCGGCAUUUGUGAACGUGGAGAAGUCUCCUGGCGUCAAAAUUCAUCAAUUCAAUACUGUGAUACCCAUCUCAUUUCCAUAUCUCUUUAAUGGCUUCAAUCCGCUUUUCGAGCAUUUCUUGUUCUCUAAGAAUAUCGACUUCACCAAGCGGAAGGAUUCUUCGCCGGCACCAUUACCUCUACCUAGUCCUAUGGACCAACCACUUUUGGCACAAACAGGCGAAAUCCUUGAUCUUAAUGUAUUAUCACAACUUUCUUUCUUUCUCCCUGGGGAGAAGUUAUUCAGGCAAUUACGGCUUCUAUACUCUGGUGGCGACGCUGGCUUUUCGAUGGGGAGCUUCGAAACAAAAGUCUUCAAUUGGCGAGCACCAACCAUUCUCCUUGUAUCAGGGAACCGAAUAUCAGAUCCACCUGAGGGCGGCCAAGAACGUGCAUUUACAGACCGGCUUCAACCAAAGCGGUUCCCCGAUAGCAGCAAAUCGACACGUGUGGUGUAUGGCGUCUAUCUCUCGCAGCACUGGCACCAAACUCACAAAGAGUGUUUCGGAGAGACUGAUACACUAAUCUUCCAACUUGAACCUGUUCAUGAGGUAUUUCAUGCAUCGGUCAUCAACAAGGACUAUGUUGCAUUCACCAAACCUCCAACAGCACAUUCCGGCAUUUUUCUUGGGUGUCCACAUCCCAAAGCUAAGCAGACAGCUGGAUUAUCGACGACCGUUAGCCUUGGUGCUGUGUCCUUGAUGCUUGACUCUUCAUUUGAGUUUGGUGUCUUCACUCACAAUUAUACUUCUGGUGGUGGAGCAUUCCACAAUAGUCAAACCCGGAGGAGUGAUUUCCAAGACCGGUUCGAGGUUGAGAGUCUUGAAGUAUGGGGCUGCGGAGGAGAUGCGGAAGCAGAACAGCAACGACAGCGCUGGGCAUGGGAAGAACGAGAAGCGGAAGCUAGGAGAAGAGUUAAUCUGGGAACCGGAGAUAUCGAGGCGGAUCGCGCUUUGUUAGAGAUGGCCGGCUUAAUUGGACAUAACAGGAGUGGUGGAUCUAUGAAUUGAGCCAUUCUAAAGGAGUUCAGGUGUUGGGAGACGGCAUUUGGGUUGGAGCAACUGAACGAGGCAUGGCUUUUGCAUAAUUCGAUUGUGGUCGAGGUCAU